UCUUCUAUUUAUAUACAUGAGUAUUUAUGCUAAUUAUGUGCUUAUGUUUUUUCUGAUACUCUUAGCAAAAAUAAAAAAAGUUUGCUAAAUAAUAAAUUAAAUAUUUUUUUUGCUGUGAUUAUGGAGGAUUCAGGAAUUUAUGUUGGUUUUGCAAAUCUUCCAAAUCAAGUACAUAGAAAAUCUGUUAAGCGAGGUUUUGAGUUCACUCUAAUGGUCGUUGGUGAAUCUGGUUUAGGAAAAUCUACAUUAGUUGAUAGUUUAUUUUUAACAAGUUUAUAUUCAGAUAGGCAUCUACCAGAUGCUGCUAAAAGAAUUGAGAAGACAAUUUCUGUUUCAACUUCAACAGUUGAAAUUGAAGAAAAAGGUGUCAAGUUAAAAUUGACUGUUGUUGAUACACCAGGUUUUGGUGAUGCUGUAAAUAAUAGUGAUAGUUGGCAACCAAUAGUGCAAUAUAUCAAUGAACAGUAUGAAGCAUACUUAAGAGAUGAAUCAGGGCUUAACAGAAGAAACAUAACAGAUACAAGAGUUCACUGUUGUUUGUAUUUCAUAAAUCCAGUUGGCCACGGAUUGAAACCAUUAGACAUAGCUAUGAUGAAAGCAUUACAUGAUAAAGUUAAUAUUGUACCUGUUAUUGCAAAAGCUGAUACACUUACACUUAAAGAAGUAAAAACACUAAAAGAAAGAAUACUUGAUGAAAUACGUCGUUCAGGAAUUCAGGUUUAUAGAUUUCCUGAUGAUGAUGAAGAUGAUGAAGAAGAGUUUAUUGAAGUAAACAGACAGUUAAAGGCCAGUGUACCGUUUGCUGUUGUAGGGAGCAAUAAAAUUUUUGAAGUUAAUGGAAAAAAAGUUAGAGGAAGAAUUUAUCCCUGGGGAAUUGUAGAUAUUGAGAACCCAGCACAUUGUGAUUUCACUAUGUUACGUAAUAUGUUAAUUCGAACUCAUAUGCAGGAUCUUAAAGAUGUAACACAAGAUGCACACUAUGAAAAUUUCCGAGCUAAAAGAUUAGUAUCUACUGGUGAUCUCAGCAACACACAUCAAGAGAGUAGAAACAGUUCUGAAAUUGAUGAGCGUGAUGUUCUUCUAAAAGAAAAAGAAGCAGAGUUGAAAAGAAUGCAAGAAAUGAUAGCGAAAAUGCAAGCAUCCAUGUCGCUACAACACUCUUGAUUAUUUAAAAAUAAAAAUUUUCCUUCAAACUGUGAAUCUCAAUAUAAUAGAUAUCUAUAAAAAAUGCGAGAACAAUAUAAUUUUUGUUUAUAAAACCAACCUAACUUGAUUGGCUCCGAUUGACAAUUAUGUGGCAAUAAAGUUUUUAUUAUUGUUAAAUAAAUAAACUUCAUAUUUAUAGCUUUCCUUUUUUUUAUUUUUUAUUUUUUGCUUCUUUUUUUUUUAUUUUAUUUAUUAAACUUUUUUUUUUUUUUUUUUAUUCUAGUUCUUAUCAUUUUAUUUGUACCGAUUAUUUCUUUUUAUUUCUAUUUCAAUUAUUACUUUUCAUUUCUAUAGUAACUAAUUUUAUUUUUUUUGAUUUCUGUGCAAUUAACUUAGUUAUUUCUUUCAUUUCUUAAAGUUUAAAAUAUUUCUUUGAGAUUUUAAAUAUAUACAUAAUACGGAUAAUAUAAUAUGCACAUUUAUGAUUUUAGAAAUAUAACUUGUUUCUAUUUACUGAUAUAUAAUAAUAGAAAAAAAAAAGAAAUUUA